AUGAAUUUCUUCUUGUUCAUCGUCUUUGCGGUCUUCGUGAUAUUGAUGAACCUCUUUGUAUUCUUCUUCUUGCCGGAGACUAAGGGAACUCCGAUUGAAGAGAUGGAGAUUGUAUGGAAGAAACAUGGGUUCUGGUCGAGGUAUACGACCGAUGUCAAAUCAGACAAGAAAGAUGUCAUUGACAGCGAUGUCUAA